AUGCCAACCUCUAACACAUCGUCCCCGGUCAAGCGCCCCGGUCUGGGUCGUCGCGCAGUCUCCUCACACGCCGUCGUCACGCGAUCGACAUCCACCCAAAGCGAACUGGCCAACUCUCAAAACCAAAACCAAAAGACCUCUCAUCGUGCCCAUCGUGCUCAUAUCGUCGGCGGCGGUCGCAACCACCACCGUAAUCCUUCUUUUGGCAAAAAUUUAAAUAAACUGCAGAGACACCUGUCUCAACAGCAGAUCGAGACCGAGAAACCCGGCCGCCAUCAUCAGCGCAAGAAGUCUGCUCCCGCGACUCCCGCUGCCGUAACGCCCGCCACGAGUCCGCGUGGGCAACACCACGUCCGCUGGGAUGGAGCCUUGGGUGAGAGUCACCAAACUGCUGCUUCUAUGAAGAAGAACAACUCGAGUCCGGCCCUGCGGCGGAAUAGCAACAGUGUUAUAGGAAAGAUAGGCAAAAAGGCCUUGGUAACUGAUCGGCCUCAUACUAGCUCGGGCAAAAAGAAAACUGUGGGGUUUGAAUUAGGCGACUCCGACGACAACGACGACGGUGACUGGGAGGAUACCACUCAGUCACCGGAGAGCACUCGGCGCAGCUCCGUCGCUCAGUCCAGAGACAGUGUGGAGAACACUGCAGUAUUGGUGGAUCCGCUGACAUUCGUUAAACGCUCUUAUCCACAGUUCCCUCGUUCGACCAGCCUUCCAGAGUCGAGCCUGAAUAAUUUUGGUCACAACAACCAGUUGCCCGACGGGGACAGUGACGACGAACACAACAGCGACGGUGAUAAACAAACGCGACCGCUAGAGACAGAAGAGCGUGAAGGAGGUAGCCGCACCGCGGAUCACGGCGACAUUGCUUCUCGCCUGCUAAGUCCAUCUCACUCUGCGAAAGCACCGCCCGCCAUGUCCUCCAUAUCAGCCACAGCGAAGCCAGCCAUGGUGGAUCCGUUGUCACGCAACGCGUCUUUGACCAAUAUAGCUGCCGGGCAUGAUAACCUACGCCGUCCAGUAUCCUCGUCCCAGAACGCAUUAGCUAGCACCCCGGGAAAUCUGACCCAGGCCACAUCAUCGUCGAUUGAAGGAGGCGUGUCGAGGUUCAUCAAGGCUGGUUUUCAGGCAGCUUCUCGCACCGACUCGGAUCCCAACACUCCGUCCUCGUUCUUACCCCAUUACCACCCACAAACACCGCCAUCCCCUGGUCGGACAGGUUCAAAAAGAACACGAGCAUCUCCUCCCUCCCGGCCAGCCGGCGCAGAACCGCACUCCCGCACCCAGCAGAAGCUAUGGCUGCAGCGAACUGCUGCUCUGAACACUUCUCCUCCUGAUGGUCAUGGCGUGUCAGCGGCCGCAUCCCCAUCAGCCAUGGACCCGGCCUUCAUGGCUGCAGCUCACGCCCGACCAGGAGCCGGAUUCGAUGCGGGAAGAGGACUGGUAAAUGGAACAUUACGGACCGGCCCGGUGCACGAUAACGAAGCAAAGCAUAUCCGCAAGGCAUACGAAAAAACUGCAUUGGAACUAACAGUCGUCCGAAGGUUCCAGUCGCCGACCGGGGAUAGUUUCCGUCGGUUGACCUCCCGUCUCACUGGUAUGAAACUGGGUCCUAGCCACCAGCGACAUUCAUCGCUCGGCAAACCAAUUAAAUCGGCACCGGCUUUAAACCUUCUCCAAAAUGGCAAGCAGCAACCUACCGCUCAACCCAGUCCAAGCCCGGAGCCGAGACAGCUAAUCAGCCGAAAGCGCUCGGGCUUGAAGACUUCCGUCUCCCAAACAUAUCUCCCAGAACCCGAUGAUCUGGCGAACGAAUCUACGGAUUCUUCACAACGACCCAGACCUCAACACCCUUCCCACCGCAUCCUCUCCACAUCUGAUGAAGCUGCUCAUCCCCUUCCUGUAGGGGAAGAGUUACCAGAGGAGCCAUCAAUGCUUGCUAAUGAAGCCGAUAUGAUGAUUCGUCGAAUUUGGGAGAGUCGUGAAGUAGCCACUGCUGGCUGAUGUACAAUCACCUCAAGCACCACUCUACUUAUGUUUUCAUGUCUUCACUACUUGACUCACGGCUUGCAAUAAUGUUUGCUUCUGUUUACAGCUGUUUUUCAUCGGCUCGGCUCGGUCAUUCAUGGUGUUUACGGUGCAUGUAUAGCGUACCAGCUCAUUUUUGGGGUUGAAUUUUGUGCAUGCGCAUUACUUCUAAUGCAUGUCUUGCUUUCAGAUUGGGUUUCCUUUCUUUCUUUAUUUCUUUCUGUCACUUAUUAUUCCCCGAGCAUAGAUAUCUUCGGUUAAUAAUGUAAUGUAUCUACUUCUGAGAGUGGCCGCGCAUGGUUUACCUAGGCAGGCUAAUUCUUGAACACUUAAGGCCUUUCAACCCAGUAGUCGCCCAUCUAGUAUAGGAUUAUCUGUAUGUAUUAGGAUAUAUGAUCCCACAAGGUGUAUAUUAUAACGGAUCCA